CAAAGAGCUCCCGAACAGGGAACAAGUGCUACGGAAACUAAAAUUGAGUCCAGCUGGAUUGGGUUGAUUGACUAUAUAAUCGAAACGCGAAUAUAAACAGCCACAAUAAAAGGAGAACUAAAUAAACAACAUUAAGAAUAACAAGAUUAUAAUAGAAAUUCCAGUAGCAGAAAUUAAAUUUAAUUCAAUUUCAUUGUGAACGAAUCUAAACAUAAUCGUAUAACCGAUUUACAUAAACAGAGAUUACAUAAGUCUAUAAAGUCGUGACGCAUAUUAUCGUCUAUAGUCUAUAUCAAAAUCAGUAAUUUGGUCAAUACUCGCACAAUGACGGGCUAUAAUAACUCAUCAAACGGGGACGUGGCAACCAGCAAUAGCAAUCAUGGCAACAAUGGACAUAACAGUGGACAUAAGCCGGCUGAAUACACCGCCCAGGAACAGCACACAAGAGAAGACGAACGCAUUCAGUGCUCCCUCACUGCCGAGGAGUACCGUGCAGUGCGCGUGAUGAACGAAGACACGUAUCCAUAUGAGGUUAUUCAGGAGAUCGCCGACUUCAUUGUGAAGGGCUCAGGCAUGCGACCAAAAGUUGGCAUUAUUUGUGGGUCUGGUCUUGGAUCACUUGCCGAAAUCAUUCAAAAUGCGAAAGUUUUUGAAUACGAGAAGAUCCCCAACUUCCCGGUGUCUACAGUGGAAGGUCAUGCCGGCAAGCUGGUUGUUGGCACGCUUGAGGGCGUCAACGUCAUGGCAAUGCAGGGUCGUUUUCACUUCUACGAAGGCUAUCCGCUGGCGAAGUGCUCUAUGCCCGUGCGCGUUAUGAAGCUAUGUGGAGUAGAGUAUUUGUUUGCCACAAAUGCUGCAGGCGGUAUCAACCCAAAGUUUGCCGUUGGCGAUAUUAUGCUGAUGCACGACCAUGUAAAUAUGCUUGGCUUUGCGGGAAACUCACCUUUGCAAGGACCCAACGAUCCUCGGUUUGGCCCGCGGUUCCCGGCCCUAGUUAACUCUUACAAUAAGGAUCUGAUAAACAAGGCUAUUGAGAUUGGCAAGUCGAUGGGCAUAGAGUCAAACAUGCAUGUGGGCGUUUACUCAUGCCUCGGCGGGCCCACCUACGAGACGAUUGCUGAGCUGAAGGCUCUCCGCAUGAUGGGUGUUGAUGCAGUAGGCAUGUCAACGGUGCACGAAGUUAUCACUGCCCGCCACUGCGACAUGAAAGUAUUUGCCUUCAGCUUGAUCACAAACAAAUGCUCCACCGAAUACAGUGACAAAAAGGACGAAGAGGCUAAUCAUGAUGAAGUUAUGGCUGUGGCCAAAAACAGGCAGAAGGCGUGCUGUGAGCUCGUUUCCCGUCUUAUAGCCGAGAUCCAAAAGACGUUGUAAGCCAGCAGGGGAAAAUGAAUUUCGCUGGGCGACUAAGUUCCAAUUCAAAAUUUUAGUCUUAAUUAAAACUAGCUGCAACUUUAAUAUAAAUAAACUUAGUUAAGUCAUAA